UGUGCUGCGAAUUUGCUGGUGUCGUCUGCGCGGAGCGUCAUUUCUUCUCCCGCCAAUUUCUCGCGAAGCUUAUCUCAGCAGGACGGCUGGCUCAGCGUACGCCGACCGGGUACAGAACGUCACAAGUACUGAAAGGUCAAAAUGAACUGGUCUUGGCGAUUGCUUCGCCUCCUGGCGGCUAUGACGGUACUGCAGUUCUCCCGUGCAAAGCCGAACAAGAAGGACGACUUCGUACUGCAGUGUGACGUCAAACCCAAGAACAAAACCGGGAUGGAGCGCGCCAUGCGGGACAUGCCAAAAGUGCAGCUUGAGCUUCCCCAGAGCGCGCAGGGAAACUAUCAGCACAUGCAGAAGAUGAUGGUCAAACAUCAGGAAAAACUCAUCGAGCAACAGAAGACCCUCAACUUACAGCAGGUCCGUCUGGAGGCGCGCCAGAAGAGCAUUGACCGCAAACAGUCGGAGCUGGUGCACAUGUUGGACCGUAUGUACAGCCUGGACGUCUGCCAGACCUGCUUCCAGAACGAGUACUGCGCCACGGACGUGGAGCCGCCCAUCUGCCUGCCGUGCACCAUCUGUCCGCCAGGUUUCAUGGCGACGUCGAUGUGCUCUCGCACGAAAGACGUUCAGUGCAUGGACGUGAACGAGUGCGAGAUGAACAGCGCCCCCUGUAACGCUCCGGGGAACUGCAUCAACACGGCUGGCGGAUACUUCUGUAUCAACGAGGUCGGUUCGUGCGGGUCCGGGUACUACCACAACGUGCUGAACAUGCAGUGCGAGCCGUGCUCACGGUGCAUGGAGGCCAGCCACGUCCUCAAGCCCUGCACGGCUUUUGAAGACGCGGUCUGCUCGCCCUCGCUGAUCAAACACGCUACAGAUUUUUGGAGGGGACAUGUGAAGACGAACGUGGUAGAGGCACGCACCACACGGUCCCCCGUGACCAUGGACCCCAGUCGCCUGCCUAUUGACGAAAUCACCAUCCCCACAGACACGUUUUUCGCGGCGGGCGACGGGGAUAGGAUCAUAUUCAAGAGGGACGGAAUGAUCUGGGUGGACUACAACAUAGCGAUCAAACACACGUGUCCGACAUACUUACAGAUCAGCGCUAACGUACAGGACAAACUGGUGGGUUCUGCGCGGUUCGAAGCGACGAAGCGCGACCUCUACAGCUCCGCGAGUUUGAGCGGCGCCGCUCUGGUAGAGGCCGGGCAAGAGAUGGUCCUCGCACUCAGCAGCCCGUAUUGUCCGUCCAGCGUCUCUUAUUUCGGGCGGCCGGACAUUCCCGACGAUCCCGCGCCAAAGCUGACCGAAAUCGCGAAUCUGGAACUCGCGGGGCCGCUGAGCAUCUUGUACGCUUCGUACGACGCCGGCGCUGUCGUGUGGCGGGCCAGGACGCGGCAAAACACGAACGCGGGAAAAUACCGAGUGGAGUACGAGCAACCCAGACUGUCGUCUGAUGGUUACGUCAUCUCGUUGCCAAGGCUGGACGAGGUCCUGUUUCAGGACGAAGGCAUCGUGAAGUUCUCUCUGGCUCAGGCGACGUUUUCUGCGGGUGAACCCUGCCGCACGAAAGGGUACACCAUCCACGUCAAGCUCAUGAAAAACUCCGGCCUGCUUCGCACGAUUUCGCGCCAGUUCAAGCGCGGGCAGCCGCACACCGACAUCCUGCUUCGCGCGUCGGGCGCCCUGCUUGUCUCCCAGGGCGACAGCCUCAUCUUUGACAUCGAGACGGACCCGCAGUGCCAGACGAGAUACGGGGACAACUCGCCCGUCAGCGCGCUCAACAUCAUGUGGCUGCCCACGGACUACGCCUGCCUCAUGGUGGCCGAACUGCAGCGGGGCGUGCGCUGGUCGGGUGCGGGGACUCGCAUCCUCCAGUUCGGGGAGGUCCUCAACACCGAGCCGGACUCCAUCAAGGCUUUCAGCAGCGGGUUCCUCCUCUUCCAGAAGGAGGGGCGCGUGAGCCUGACGUACAGUCAGAAGAUAGUACACUCCUGCAACUAUCUCAAAGUCACGGUGUACUACAUCGCCGGGAUCCCUCAGAAACACACGCCGGUCAUGCAGACCGUGAUCGGGAACACGCAGGCCACCUAUGAGGGGUUACAGCUCGUCGGGACCUUCAACGUGCAGAAAAACGCCAGGGUUUAUCUGCAGCUCACCUGUAGAAAAGGCAGGCUGGACGACCUGGUUACCGGCAGCUUUGGCGCGCUCACUGUCGUCCUUUCUGACCCGUAAAAAAGUUAUACUUUGGGAGGAAACUUUUGUAAAAAUACUCGUGUCGCUCACACUCCACACAGCCUAGUGACAUGAUAUGGUCUUUUAAGGAUGAUAUAGGGUGGCGCAGUCGAACAGUAACCGACCUCGUCGAACACCAGCCAUACUAAACGAGAAAACUUCUGCAAAAAACACUUAGUCCACACUCAACAUAGUCUAGUGUUAUAAAAUGGUCAUUUUAGGAUGAUGAACAAUAAGUCCAGGUGAGCCACAUCGUGGUUCUUUAUACUACGUUAUGCAAAGAUGCCAGGAAUAGGAAUUGAGCAGCAUUACUUUGGAGAACUAUACACUGAGUAGUUAAAGCAGCGUAACUCGAAUGGGCCAAGUUUCUCAUUUUCUAGGCCUCUUCUUGCAAUGGUCUCCUUGACUACCAACAACAUACAACAUAUUUUUGGCUGGUGCAGCCGAACAUGCAUCAAAUAACAAAAUUUCUUACUCUAGAAAGGCCAAAGCAGGAAUCCACCAUAUAACAUAGAUUUUGUUGUUCUAAAGAUUACGUAACUUUAAGGUACUAGUUCGCUUGCAUGUAAAAUCUGCGAUUCUUGCUAUUUUUUUUCAAAAGACUGGUGCAACAAAGGACACCGUCUUCUUUAUAAACAAGAUACCUCAUUUGUAUAAUAUAAACUAUUUUGUCUCCAUACUGAAGAUUAGU